AUGGGGAAGGGACGCAACAACAAGAGCGGCAAGAAGACUGCUGACAAUGCUCAGGCUAAGGAUGGGAUUGACGUACCUGACGCAUCUGUGUUAAGUCCUGCUGUAUCUGGGAGGUCGCCUUCAAGUUCCGCUUCGGCUGCUGUGCUCGGUCCCUUUGAGGCUCUACUGGACCCGCAAAACGACGUUGAUGAGGAUGCUGGCGCUGGCGGAAAGGAGCCUGAUGUGGCGAAGGAGACCGCUGGUGAAGAAGGAACGCGCGAGGAGGCUGACGCUGGCGACAAUGCGUGUGGUGAAGAGGACGCGCAGCCGCAUGAUAUUCCUGAUGAUGAGGACGAUGGUUACCUGAGUGAUGACUCUGAUGAGCAUUUGGAGCCGGAUUCGUUAAACUGUGUCAUUGCUCUGAAGAGUUUCUCACUUACCUUACUGGUGCCGAUUCUCAGGAAGGUUGAGGUUACGCGUGCUGCAGUAACGGUCGCUGCACUGCUGGAGGACUGGAAGGAAAGUUUAACAUCGGAUGUGCUUCUGACGACGACUUACCAGGAGCUUACGGCAAAAUACUUCUUUGGCGCGCGCUUCGGACGUCUUCAGGUUACUUUCAACCAUGUUCGGGACGCGAACUUCGUUUGGAACCAGGUCAUCCGCCAUGAGUGCGUGAACAGAGACUACAUUGACCUCACCUGGCAGCAUCCGGUGGACGCGCGGUUCCUGCGCGAGCGUGUGCUGAACCCCACGGCUAAGGAGGUGGUGGUUAAGGGCGUACCUGCCGAGAUUACGGCGGAGCUGAUUCGCCGUCUGCUGGUGGUGUCGAAGUUGGUCAAGCGUGGCAAGAGUGCAUUUGCCAGUGGUUUCGGCUUCCAUCGGACGGUUGACCCUGACCCUGCUGUUAUUCUUACCUCUACUGGAGGUGCGCGGGAGGAGUGGAUAUGUGUCCAGACGGCAUGCGAGAAGGCGCAAGGGAAUUGA